AGUAGCAUCAGUUGUCUCUCGAGCAUCAAUUAAGCCUUUUAUAACUCAAGCAAUUUCCCAAAAUUCACCAACAAUAUCAAUAUGACAAUGCUAAUUGUUUCUGUGCUCAGUGUCCUGGUCGUCUUGGCCCGGGGAUCGCAACUUCCUUCCGCUGGACAAGUAUCAGCCGUGGGAUCUCGUAACUCAGGUGUCGCUUCAUCUGGCUAUGGUGGUAUCUCUGCUGCUUCUCCAGGGCGCUAUCGACCUGUCCUUGGAUCAGCUGUUCCCCAGCCUCAACGUUCAGUGACCGCCCAUGGAUCAGUUCUUCCAUCUCCAUCCGUCGCUACCACUCGUCGUGUGUCUGGAUCCCGUAAUCCUGCCCUUUCAGUCGCUGCUCCUCGCCAACAGGCUUCUGGAUCCUACCAACGGGCUGCUGCUGGGCCAGGCAUUGCCGUUCGCCCUCGUCUGACUGCUGCACCAGUUUCACCCAUUCGUCAGCCUCAGGUUGCAUCUGGUAAUGUCCACAAGAAUCGCAACCAGAAACCCUACUAAGACAGCCUGGAACCCAUUGAACCGAACUGCCAAGCAUUAUAUGUUUCUUAAAUAUUAAUUGCAAAUAAAAUACAACUGUACUUACAUGAGAUGAAAUCGUGAAAUAGAAUAUAACUGUAAACAGACCCAAAAGGUA